AUGGAGAAAUUGGAUUUUGAAAAUUUUAUUGUUUACUGUAAUUCAAGCAAAUCUUUCUCUUAUCUCCAAAAAAAUGAAAAUAGCUAUAAAAGUCAGAAAAAAAAAAUUCAAAAUAAUGAGUAUGAAAAGCUAGUUGAUGAAAAAAAAAAAAAAUAUAAAUGGAUAAAAAAAUUAUCACAUAAGGAAUGUUCUAAACAUAUUUUAGAAAACCUGAAACAGAAUAAUAACAUAAAACACACAGAAAAUAAAUUUAAUGGAAAAACGAAAACUAAAAAAAGGGGUUAUUCACUAUUAUGUAAUAUUAACGAUGAACUAAUUUACACUUAUAAAAACAACAAAUUUAUAAAGGAUGCAAAACGCAUGAAAGCUGCUUCCCUAAUUGCUCAAAAAAAAAAAAAAAAAUUUAAACCGAAUAAAUGUAUAUCAAUAUUUAAAGGAAAAGAAGACAGUAGAAAAAAAGGACAAAAUACAGAAAAUGAUAUUCUAAUAAAAGAAAAAGGUUUUUAUAAUGAAAAUAAAUUAAAAAAGGAUAAUUUAAUAAAAAUAAAAGGAGUAGAGAAAAAAGACAAUAGUAUUGAUAUAUACAAAUAUUUAUUUAAUAUUUUGAUUAGAAAAGAAUAUUAUAAAAAGAUAUCAAAUCGAUGGUUAAAAAAAUUUAUAAAUAAAAAUGGUCCUUUAUAUAAAGAAAUAGCUAAACAAUUAAUUAAUUUGCUGAUCAUAAAAAAUUUUGUAAUUUUUGAUGUUGAAUUAUGGAAUUUUUUUCUCCCACAAAAUUUAAUAAAUCAUUUUAAUAUAAAUUUACAAUUUUUUUGUGGAAAAUCAGGGAAUAAAAAAACCGAAUUUUUAAAAAAUAUAUUUGAUUCAUUUCCUUUUAAAUAUUCCCAUGAAAAUGUUCAUAUUAUUGAUAUGGUCGAAUAUGAAAAAUGUCCUAUUGUAUAUGACUAUAGAUAUUUAACAGACCCUAACCAUUUUUUAAAUAGUGUCGAAAUAAAUAUAGAUAAUAAAAUAAAAAAUAUAAAUAAAGAUAAUUUUUCAUUCAAAAUAUUUGAUAUGCCAAAAAUUAAAGAUAGAUAUACACACUUAUCACCAUUAAGGCAAGAUAUAAAUUGUGACAAAAUAAAACCCCAAGUUGAUAUACAUGAUAUUAGCUCAAAACAUGUUAAAGCUUCUAAUAACAACCUAAUAGGGAAAGAUUAUAAAAUCAAUACAAAUAAAAAUUCAAUAAAUAGUGAAAAGAUAGACAAUUCAUUUAUUAAUCAGUAUAAAUACAAAGAUAAAAAAAAAAUACUCAAUUUUUUAGAAUCUUCAGAUAGUGAAGAAAUGUGUGAUAACAUAGAUUUAUACUAUAUAAAUAAAAUAAAUGAAAAUAAUAAUUAUUUUUUAAAAAAUAAAAAUUUAUGUGAUUAUAAAAAAAGAACUUAUGUAAAUAAUAUACUUUAUCCAAAUUAUUAUGAAAUUGCACUAAAGGAAUUUCUAAUAACAGAUGUGAAAAGUAGAAAAACAAUUCAGAUGAUUGAUUUAUUGAAUUUAAAUUUGGAAUACAUUCUUAUCAGUUUUACAAAAAUUGCUAUGAUUAAACAAUUUGUAUGGAAAAAAAAAAUGUUUAAAUUGUUAUAUAAAUUUGUAAAAAGAGAUAAUAAUAAUAAUACCAAAUUUGAAAAAAAAAUAAAAAAGAAAACAUUAGGGUUGAACUUAUUUAACGGAGGAUAUUCCUUUCUAUUAAUAAAAAAUUUAAAUUUUAUAAACAAUUUUUCUAUUUUAAAAAAAAAUUGUAUUAUGUUUUUAUUAAUAAAAUAUAUUUUUAUAUGGAAAAAAAUGAAUUUAAAUGCACAUAUGUUUGUUGUAUCCCCAGUUUUAGAUGACAAUAUAUCAACCGAGUUUAGCAAAAGUGAUAUUGGAAAAAAAAGUCAUGAAAAUAUUUUAUUACAAUUACGUCCUUAUAUAAAUAAAUAUUUUCUUUUUAUUUUGCCUAAAUUUCUUCAUCAUAAUGAUAGAUAUAUAUUAUUAAGACAUUUAUAUAGAAAACACAAUUUACCAUAUACAAUUAAAACAUUAAAACAUAUUUCUAAAAUAACAAAUAGUUAUUGUGAAGAAAAUUUGAUCAAGCUAUUUCAAGAUGAAUACAAGGAAAGAAUUAUUUAUUUAUUAAAAAAAAAAAAUAUAAACAAAGAUGAAAAUUUGAAUAACAUGGAAGAUGUGAGUAAUGUUGAUAACCUUUUGAAUAUAAAAAAGAAUAUUAAAGAAUUAAUGUCAAAAAAUAAAAAUAAAAAAAUGCAUUUUUUUAAUAAAACUCUUAAUUUCCAAUGUGAUUCACAUUUAUUUAUUCAUGGAAAAGAAAUUGAAUUAUAUAAAAAAAAAAACUUUGAAAAAUUAAAUAAAAAUGGUAAGAAUAAGACAUAUGGGUUUGAUAAAGUGGUGGGGGAAAAUGAAUUAAUUAAUAGAUUGAAAAAUGAACUUGUUCAUAAGAAAAAACAAAAACGUAGUAAUGAUAGUGAUAGUGAUGAUGAUGUGGGGAUACUAUUAUAUGGAGAAAGUGGAUCUGGAAAAACGUUCAUAUCAAAAAUGAUAAUAGAAGAAUGUAAUUGUAAUUCUAUUAUUAUAAAUUGUGCUAAUAUAUUUAAUAAAGUAAUGGGUGAAUCUGAAAAAUUGCUAAAUGAAAUAUUUGAAUAUGCAAAAAAUAAAUUACAACCAUGUAUAAUUAUGUUUGAUGGUAUCGAAAAUAUUUGUUUUAAACAUGAUUUAUUUUCAAAUUCUAUUGAUAAAUUUUCUGUGCGAUUAAAAUUAUGUUUUUAUGAAAAUUUAGAUAAGUUGCAUUUUGAAAAAAGAUGGAAUCUAAAUUCUAAAAGGAACACUAAUUCAAUUAUAAUAAUUUGUACAACAACUGAUAUUAACAAUAUUGAUACUAAUUUAUUAACAAAUCAUAGAAUCAAACAUCUAUAUCAAACUAAAAGUUUUAGAUUUUGGGAUAAUACAGAUGUAUAUAAACUUUUUGAAAAUUGCUUAAGAUUUAAUAAUAUAGAUCCAAAUGUUUUAAUAAAUUCAAAAGAUUUUCAAAAAUUUAUACAAGAAAAUAUAUUAAGUAGGAAAGAUAAAUUAACACCCCUUGACAUCUCAAACAUGUGUUCAGAUACGCUAGCUCGCUGCAUAAAAAUUAGCAUUUCGAAUGGAAAUGAAUUAAAUAUAGAAAAUUUCUGCAAUAUAUUAAAGGAGAAUUAUAAAUAA